UCUACUAAUUACAAAAGUAUCUGAGUUUAUAAUAAGCAUAAUUCCACCUUAUUGCUAUCGUGCUAAAGUAGCAAUCCGCAAAUCUUAUUUCGGUAUUUUCAGCAAAGUUAAAUUCGUUUUACAUCAGUGUUGUCGAAAUUAGUCCAUAAUAAACGUCAGUUUCCUGAAAAUGGUCACCUCGCUUUUUCUGGCUUAUGUUUUUUUUCUAAUUAAUUGACUGAAGAAUUCGAAAUUACGGCUUAAAGAUGAGUGAUAAAGAAAUUACGAUGGAAGACCUGGAGGAAACGGCCCAACAAACCGAGGAGCAGCUAGACCUGCUGGCAUGGAAGAUGGAGGGCGACCAGGACCUGGCCGUGCCGGUGGACAGCCAGGACAUGUGUGUCAUGACUCUGCUCAAGUCAGUCUCGGAGGUGCGGUCGGACUACACGGCGCUCCGCCGCGAGCUGGUCGAGGUGCAGCAACUACAGCGCGAGCUGUCCGCGCGGCUGCGGGCUCAGCUGCGGCUGGUGCAUGGGAAGUUUGCUAAAUUGAGGCAAAGGCUAGCGGUCGCUGACCAGCACAUGCAGGCUCAUCAGCGAUAGACAGGAGACUAGUACAGCCAUGUUUAAACAGUACACAAAAGUAGUAAAGCAGGAGUAUCCCAGCUUUUUGACCCGAGAGCCACGGUCGCCGACUCUAGGACUUUCUUUUUAAAAGAAGGUAUGGGGCCAAAAGUAAGGUCACUCGGGCCAUAAUUUGAAGACUCCUGGUCUAUAGGAUCUACUAAACAGGAAUUAUACAAGAGGAUCAGGUUCUCUCAAGCUUCUAUAGAUCCUAUCUCACAUAAUGCCACUUCAAGAAGUGCCAAAAUAGUUCCCUUGCACUCUCAUCAACUUACUGACUGUCUUAUACUGGUGAGUACCGAGUACUGUACACACCACUCACAUUAGACCCACUAGGGUACCCUUAUGAACAUUACUAGUCAAAGCAUCACAGAUUUUAACUAAGAACAAUAAAUUGAUCAUUACUAUGUAAUCGAACUAUGUGCCAAUAACUUAGUUUUAGAGUAUCAAGCACGGUUGUAGAAAAUAUAUAUCUUAGGCCUGAGAUAUAUUGGUAAAAAAAAAAGUAUACAGUUCAUACAUGUACCGUACCUACUUAUAAUGUUACUGUUCGAUUCAUCAUUGUAUCUCUGGCCUUACUUAAACUUUAAUUAUUUAGCAACCAUUUCCUAAUACACAACUGUGUCGAACACACUUAAAAUAGCAAAUUAAUAAUACGAUGAUAUAUGAGUAUAUAAGUAUCAUAACUUAAAAUAUUCACACAUGGGCAUCUGCAUCUUAUUAUACUAAACAGCCCCAAUCGAAAUUGUACCUUACGUGAUAAGACUUAGAGCUCACAUUGUAGACCUGAUUGAAUAGGUAUCAUGAGUUUAGAUUAAUUAGGUGAUCUCAAACGAGUGAGUGAAAUGACUGAUGUUUAUUAUGUUUAAAUAAUGUAGGGAAUCUAUGUGAAACUUUCCUUUUUUGAUCAUAUUUUGAAACUCGAUAUUAAA